UCAUCUUCCUUUAUGGAACAAGCUUUUGCCUUUUCUCUAUCCAAACCUUCUUUUUUCUCACUUAUAGAAUGAAGGAGGCCAUGGUGGUUGCCUCUUCUUAUUCGGUUCAUAUCUUUCAAGAUUUAUUUUCUUCGUUCUUUCAAAUUUUCUGUUGGUUGUGUUUUCUUUCUUUCUUUCUCUAGGGUUUGCUCUAAAACCCCCCACACAGCACUCACCGCUCUUCCACUUUUCUCUUAAAUUGUUCUUUUUUUAGUUGGGUUUUCUUUGGGGAAGCAUUUGUUUCUGCUGAAGAACCAUCGGGCGAUAAUCUGGGGAGUCUGGCCUAGCCAUUCGGAUCAGUUACUAUUAGGAGUUUCUGAGUAAGUUAAGCAUGAUUAAGCGGUCGCCAAGUAGGAACAACAGAACCAGAGGCAUCAAGGUAAAGCAUAUUCUGCAGAUUAUUCUGUUGUUGGGCGUUUUCUUCUGGUUGAUCUAUCAGGUAAAGCACUCUCGUGAUAAGAAAAAUGAAUAUGAUGAAAAUGAUGGAGAAGUGUCAGUUGGAACUAAGACUGUGUAUCCGACUCCGAAACUUGGUAGAAAAGAUCUUCAUCGGGGUAAGGAUGAAGAUAAGCAUGAACACAAUGAACGUGAGGAAGAAGGAAAUGAGCAUGAAUUUGAAGAAAACGAUGACAAGCUUGGAGUGAGAGUAGGAGGAGACGAGGAAGAGGAAGAUGAAAGCAGAAGCGAUGAGAUGGAAGAUGAAAGGGGUGGAGGAGAUGAUGAGAUAGAUGAGACUGAUCAAGAGCAAUCAGCAGCGGAUAUUGAUCGUGAUGAAGAUCUGCCCGACGAUGAUGAAGAAAAGGAAGAGGACGGUGAUGAGAAAGAAAACAGCAGUAAGGAGGAGGAAAAGGAUGGUUCAGUUGAAAAGCACAACAGUCAUGAAGCCCGGGAGCAACAUUACAAGGGGGAUGAUGCUUCUAGUGCUGUGACUCACGAUACUAGUACAACUAGCACUGAAACUGUGUCACUUUUAGAAAACCCUGAGGUAAACUUGGAUUUUAAUAAUAAAGAAGCUGAAUUGGCGGGUGAGCAGUCUUCCAAUGCGAGCUUGUUCAACGCUGUGUAUAGCUCACAUCUACACAAUGUUACCACGACAUUUUUGGACAGUCAUUCAGAAGCAGGCACUAAUCUGACAGUAGUGAUUGCUGGAGGGAGCAAUGACUUGACAAGAAUCAGUGCCAAUACUUCAUUUGAACCGAAUAAAACGGUGAUAUUUUCUGAAUCAUACCAAACUCAAAAUGGUACCGGGAACACAACAGUAACCGGGGUAGUCAAAAGUAUACUCACAGAAGGGUUAGUGCAGGGUGGCAAUAAGGUCUCUGAAGAAAACCAGCUUGGUUCUAACUCGGCAGUCCCUGUUGAAAUAGAAAAGGGAGAUGCAGUUGCAGGUGAAUCUUCUAAUCUAGAGGGUGGUGUACAAGAGAACACAACAAAAUCUGUGGAAUCAAAUGAAACAGAUAAUAACACUGAAGUGAGUGAAACUAACAAUUCUAAGAAUGUUUCUCAUACGAAUGAGAACACUGAUUCUAUCAAGGAUGGAUUCAAAGGUGAUUCAUCUGAUUCUCACAUCCUCAAGAGUGUGGCAGAGGACCGAACUGAUCUGGAUACGUUGCCAGAUAUUAUAAAAGAAGGGGAUAUUGUUGACGCCAUUGCAACAGACUAAAAGCAUGGUCUUUUUGUUCUCAAGAAGAGCUGAGAGAUUAGAGUUUUUGUUUCGACCCAUGUUGAUAUUUGAACACUUUUGCUGUCAAAAAGAUAAAUGUCUAGGCAAGACCGUUAAAGUUACAAAGGUAGGCUUGUGGAUAUUCAUAUCAAAGUUUGAAUAUGUAACUAGUUUUUUUUUUUCCACUAUCUACUGCUGUUUUGCUGCAAUCUUCUUUUUCCUUUUCCCCAUUAGUCUUCUUGUUUCGAUCUCUCGUUAUAAUAUCCAAUCUAUUUCUUUUCUUCCUCUUU